AUGGCCGAGGAGGUCCGAGACGACGAUCAACUUCGUGGUGGCGGCGCGAUCGACGUCUGCAAGGACGACCGACACACGAGCAACCAAGGCAACGAGGACAGCGCGUGGGAGAUAGAGGAGGUGACCGGGCCGUCGUCUCCUCCUCCCCCUGCCGCGGAGCCGCCGGCCUCCGACGCCGACGACGUGUACGUGGCGGUGGGCAAGGGCGGGUCCAGCAUGGCGGCGCUGUCGUGGGCGCUGCGGCACCUCGCCAAGCCCCGGAGCUUCGUCUACCUCGUGCACGUCUUCCCCACCGUCGCCACCAUCCCCACCCCAUUAGGAAUGAUGCCAAAGAGUAGAGCAACCCCAGAGCAGGUAGAAAGUUACAUGAACCAAGAGAGAUCAAAGAGGCGAGAGAUGCUGCAGAAAUAUCUAGACCACUGCCGCAACUUUAAGGUCAACUUUGAUGUGUACCUCAUCGAGAGUGAUCAAGUCGCUGGCGCGGUCGUUGAACUCAUUCCUGUUUUUACCAUAAAGCAGCUAGUGUUGGGAGUUUCGAAAUCCAAUUUGCGGAAGCUGAAGAAAGGAAACACAAUAGCAGGACAGGUACAGAAGAACGCACCUCCCUACUGUGAAGUCAAGAUUGUCUGCGAAGGCAAAGAAGUUACAGUGUCGGCAACUGAUCCGACACCACCAUUUUCACCUUCCCCUGUAAAUAACGGCAGAAGAUCUCACACUCCGACACCGCCAUCUUCUACACCAAACCACAAAAGCAUAGCAGCAAUUGAUGAACAAAAUGAUAGCAAAAUCAGAGAAAGAAAGAAACUUCCCAGUUUUCUCAGGUGCCUGUCAUUUUGAUUAUCAUCUGAUUUUGCUGCUCAAGUCACUACCAGAGCUGGAACACUGUAUUAUGCACCAUUUUUAGAUAGCAAAAUGUUUGUGAGCAACAGUUUUUGCCAUGUUAUUAUUUUUUAUCUUCGUGA